AUGAGACUUUUCGUUUUGCUUCCCUUUGUGGCCUCCGUACUGGCAGCCAGCCGUACGACUGCCCCAUCUGGGUCAAUUGUAGUUGCUAAGUCGGGUGGCGAUUAUGACACGAUCAGUGACGCCGUUGCGGCUUUGAGCACGUCAACUACAGAGGAGCAGAUCAUCUACAUAGAGGAGGGCACAUACAAUGAGCAGGUCUACAUUCCUCCUCUCGAGGGAAAGCUGUACAUCUACGGUCAAACUGAGGAUGAUACAUCCUACGCAGACAAUACAGUCACUAUCACUUACGACCUGAGUCUUGCGAGUGUAUCUACGGAUGACGAGUCUGCCACACUGCGAAACUGGUCUCCUAAGACUCAGGUUUACAACAUCAACGUGCAGAACACCUACGGCAAGGGUCAUCAAGCUCUCGCUCUCAGCGCCUACAAGACUGAACAGGCAUAUUAUGGUUGCAAUUUCACCGGAUGGCAAGACACUGUCCUCGCUGAGGCCGGAUACCAAUUUUACGGAAAGUCAUAUAUCGAGGGCGCUAUAGACUUCAUCUUCGGCCAGACCAGUAACGCUUGGUUUGACGGCUGCACAAUCGGUGUUGCUGACUAUGAUUAUGGAACUAUCACUGCCCAAGGCCGUCCUUCCAGCUCCAGUGACGGAUACUAUGUUCUCAAUGAGUGCACAGUCGAGGCCGCGUCCGGUCAGGAUGUUGGAUCGGGAGAUUACUAUCUAGGUCGCCCUUGGACAGAGUAUGCCCGUGUAGUCUUCCAGAAGACCAAACUCAGCAAAGUGAUCAACUCAAAGGGAUGGGUUGAGUGGGACACCGAUGAGCCCAACACUGAGCACGUUACUUUCGGUGAGUAUGACAACUCUGGAACUGGUGCUAGUGGUACUCGUGCCAGCUUUGCCGAAGAGCUCUCUUCUGCGGUUAAAAUCACUACCGUCCUGGGCAGCACCUAUACGGACUGGGUCGAUACCACCUACAUUAGCUAA